AUGACGGACCCAAAUCAUGUCGCGCAGUACAAGUACUCGGCGAUGUCCAACCUGGUUCUCCAGGCGGACCGCCGUUUUGUCACUCGUCGGACGGAUGAGGUGACUGGAGAUCCUGAGUCCCUUGCCGGUCGCAUCAACAUCAGAGAUAUGGGUGCACGAGUCGCCCGAGACACAGCGCCAAAAAGCAAGAAGACGGCAGCAGUCCCGAGCACCGUCGAGAGGGGCUCAAUUCGAGAAGGUGAAGAUGUGCUCGAGAGGGAACAGAAGAAGCGAAAACGCGGUGAGCCCGCCCAGCUACGAGGCGCUGGGAUUUUGUCUGCGGCAGAUGCUUUGAUUGAAGGAUUGAAAUAUCGACCACGGACACCAGCGACAAGAGCUACCUACGAUCUCAUUCUUACGAUGACCGCGAGCCAUCUUGGCGACGUCCCACACGAGGUCGUUCGGAGCGCAGCAGAUGCGGUACUCGAGAUGUUGAAGGACGAAGAUAUGAAGGACUUCGACAAGAAGAAGGAAAUCGAUGACUUGCUGGGGACCACAAUGAGCGCCAAGGAGUUCAACGAGUUGGUGAACUUGGGCAAGAAGAUUACCGAUUAUGAUGCUCAGGAUGAGGAUGAGGAAAUGGAAGAAGGAGCUGGUGAAGGAGGGGAGGAACUGGAUGAAAGGCAAGGUGUUGCCGUCGUUUUCGAUGAGGAGGAAGAAGACGAGGACGGCGUUGCCGCGGUUAACGAAGUCCCCGACGAGGAUGAGAUGACUGAUGAAGAGGAUGAUUUUGAAGACAGACCUGGCGCCGAAGAAGCUGCUACAGCUGGAGCCCCGGCUGCUGAGGUACCUGAUCUUUCUGAUGCGGAGGAGAUGAUACUGGAUGGAGGCCUUCGAACGGAUAGACGACGGGAUAAAGCUGCAUCCAACAUCGUUCCCGCACGCGAGAUUGACGCCUACUGGCUCCAGCGACAAAUCGGUACUAUCUACUCGGAUGCACACAUCCAGCACGAGAAAGCACGGGAUGCAUUCGCGAUUCUCGGUGACAAGCUGGAGGACGGGACAGAGCGCCCUCUUCGCGAUGUCGAGAACGAUCUCAUGGAACUCUUCGACUACGAAAACCCUGAGCUGGUCGCUAAGCUAGUAACUAAUCGGAACAAGAUCGUUUGGGCCACUCGCUGGAGGAGAGUUGCUGAAGACGAUGAUGCCCGCAGCGCGAUCGAAAAGGAAAUGAUUGAGACCGGCCAUCGUGCUAUCUUGGACGAACUUCGUGGGAAAGCAGCACCAGAAGAUACUGCGGAGCGACCUGGAAAGAAGAUCAAGGUAGACUUGAUGGACGUUGACGUUCCGUCUGGCCCAGCUGCCGAGGAAAAGCCCAAAGAGGGCUUGGUUGGAGGUCUGCAGCCGCGAAGGGUUAUCAAUCUCGAGAACCUCGUAUUCGAACAGGGAAAUCAUCUUAUGACAAAUCCAAAUGUCAAGCUCCCGCAGGGCUCUACCAAGCGUACUUUCAAGGGCUAUGAGGAAAUCCACGUACCGGCCCCCAAGCCAAGGAGAGACCCUGGAGAGAAGAACAUUCCCACCUCAGAACUGCCUGACUGGGCUCGCAUUGGUUUUGGAUCUUCAAAGGAACUGAACCGGAUCCAAACCAAAUGUUAUCCCACUGCGUUCCAUGACGAUGGAAACAUGCUUGUCUGUGCUCCCACGGGUUCCGGAAAGACGAAUGUGGCAAUGCUUACUAUUCUGCGCGAGAUCGGAAAGAAUCGCAAUCCUGAGACAGGCGAGAUCAUGCUCGAUGACUUCAAGAUCGUGUACAUCGCUCCCUUGAAGGCGUUGGUGCAGGAGCAAGUAGGUAACUUCGGUAAACGACUGGAACCGUAUGGCAUCAGGGUGUCCGAGCUCACCGGUGACCGUCAACUUACGAAGCAACAAAUCGCGGAUACCCAGAUUAUUAUCACCACACCGGAAAAAUGGGAUGUCAUUACGCGAAAGGCCAGUGACACCAGCUAUACGAGACUGGUCAGACUGAUCAUUAUCGACGAGAUCCAUCUUCUCCACGAUGAUCGUGGUCCUGUCCUCGAGAGCAUCGUGAGCAGGACAAUUAGACGUAUUGAGCAGACCGGAGAACCAGUUCGUAUUGUCGGUCUGAGUGCUACGCUGCCGAAUUACCGUGAUGUCGGCACAUUCUUGCGUGUCGAUCCAAUCAAGGGCUUGUUCCAUUUCGAUGGGUCAUAUCGACCAUGUCCCUUGAAGCAGGAGUUCAUUGGUAUUACAGACAAGAAAGCAAUCAAACAGCUCAAGACAAUGAACGAUGUCUGUUACACUAAGGUUCUGGAACAGGUCGGACAGCAGAGAAACCAGAUGCUGAUCUUCGUCCACUCGCGGAAGGAGACCGCCAAGACCGCCAAAUAUAUCAGAGACAAGGCUGUUGAGAUGGAGACUAUCGGACAGAUUCUUCGUACUGACGCUGCCAGCAGGGCUAUCCUUGCAGAGGAAGCUGAGUCCGUGGAUGACCCAGCUUUGAAAGAUGUCUUGCCCUAUGGAUUUGGCAUUCACCACGCUGGAAUGAGUUUGGCGGACCGUGACUCUGUCCAGGCGCUGUUUGCAGAUGGUAGCAUUCAGGUGCUUGUUUGUACAGCGACACUUGCCUGGGGAGUCAACCUCCCGGCCCAUACUGUUAUCAUUAAGGGCACUCAGGUCUACUCUCCCGAAAAGGGAAGCUGGGUGGAGCUCAGCCCUCAGGAUGUUCUCCAGAUGUUGGGACGUGCCGGUCGUCCUCAAUACGAUACUUUCGGUGAAGGCAUCAUCAUUACCUCGCAGGGAGAAUUGCAAUACUACCUCUCCCUACUGAAUCAGCAGCUACCUAUCGAGAGUCAGCUGAUGAGUAAACUUUCUGACAACCUCAACGCCGAAAUAGUCUUGGGCAACGUCCGGAAUCGUGACGAAGGUGUAGAGUGGCUUGGUUAUACCUACCUUUUUGUCAGAAUGCUUCGUUCUCCGGGUCUGUACAGUGUUGGUGCCGACUAUGAGCAUGAUGAGGCACUCGAGCAGAAACGUGUCGAUCUCAUACAUUCUGCUGCUGUGGUGCUGGAGAAAGCAGGAUUGGUCAAAUACGAGAAGAAGACAGGCAAGCUGCAGGCCACUGAGCUUGGCCGAAUUGCCUCUCACUACUAUAUUUCUCACAACUCGAUGUUGACCUAUAACCACCAUCUGCAGCCCAUGAUUGGUACCAUCGAACUUUUCCGUAUUUUCGCACUCAGUGAUGAAUUCAAGUACAUCCCAGUGCGUCAGGACGAGAAGCUCGAACUGGCCAAGAUGUUGGGACGCGUUCCUAUUCCCGUGAAGGAAAGCAUCGAGGAGCCACAUGCCAAGAUCAAUGUUCUCUUGCAGGCAUAUAUCUCCCGUCUUAAGUUGGAGGGUCUUGCCCUGAUGGCGGAUAUGGUUUAUGUCACCCAGUCCGCUGGACGUAUCCUCCGAGCGAUAUUUGAGAUCACAUUGAAGAAGGGAUGGGCCUCCGUGGCCAAGACUGCGCUUGAUCUGUGCAAGAUGGCAGAGAAGCGGAUGUGGCCUACGAUGACACCGCUGCGCCAGUUCUCCUCGUGUCCCAGAGAGAUUGUGCAGAAGGCCGAAAGGAUCGAUGUUCCCUGGUCAAGCUAUUUUGACCUCGAUCCUCCCCGAAUGGGCGAACUCUUGGGCAUUCCAAAGGCUGGCCGAACGGUUUGCGACCUUGUCUCGAAAUUCCCACGUCUGGAUGUGCAGGCUCAGGUACAGCCCAUAACGAGGUCUAUGCUACGAGUCGAACUUGCCAUAACACCCAACUUCGUAUGGGACGACGCUCUCCACGGCGUGGCGGAGAGUUUCUGGAUCGUCGUCGAGGACUGUGACGGAGAGGAGAUCCUGUUCCAUGACCAGUUCAUUCUGCGCAGGGAAUAUGCGCAAAGCGAGAUGAAUGAGCAUCUGGUUGAGUUUACGGUCCCAAUCACUGAACCGAUGCCCCCUAACUACUUCAUCUCUCUCAUCUCCGAUCGCUGGAUGCAUGCGGAGACCAAGAUAGCCGUCUCCUUCCAGAAGCUCAUCCUGCCGGAACGUUUCCCACCUCAUACACCACUGCUGGACAUGCAGAGAGUGCCCGUCAAGGCCCUUAAACCGGAAGAGUACCAGCAACUGUAUCCUGACUGGGACUAUUUCAACAAGGUCCAGACGCAAGUGUUCAAGUCUCUGUUCGAUAGUGAUAACAACGUGUUUAUUGGAGCGCCUACUGGCACCGGCAAGACGGUGUGCGCCGAGUUUGCCCUCCUUCGUCACUGGUCUCAAGAAAACAGUGGACGAGCGGUAUAUAUUGCUCCCUUCCAGGAACUCGUCGACCAGCGAUAUGCGGACUGGGAGAAACGACUCAGCAAGCUCCGUGGAGGGAAGAAGAUAGUGAAGCUUACUGGUGAGACGACUGCCGAUCUGAAGCUCCUGGAACGGGCCGAUCUCGUUCUUGCCACUCCUGCCCAGUGGGACGUCUUAUCUCGACAGUGGCAGAGGCGAAAGAAUGUGCAAACCGUCCGCCUCUUCAUUGCUGAUGAACUCCACAUGCUUGGCGGCUAUGGCGGUUUUGUUUACGAGAUUGUUGUAUCCCGUAUGCAUUACAUCGCUCUUCAAACAGAGAAUGAUAUGCGCCUUGUGGGCUUAAGUGUGCCCCUCUCCAACGCCCGCGACAUUGGUGAGUGGAUUGGUGCCAGCAAGCACACUAUCUAUAAUUUCAGUCCUCAUGUCCGGCCGGUCCCUCUGGAGCUGCACAUCCAGUCCUUCAACAUCCCUCACUUCCCUUCGCUCAUGCUGGCGAUGGCCAAGCCCGCCUACGCCUCGAUCCUGCAGCUUUCACCUGACAAGCCAGCCCUGGUUUUCGUCCCGAAUCGCAAACAGACUCGAGCAACAGCAGUCGAUCUGUUGGCUGCUUGCGCUUCGGACGAUAACGAGGACCGGUUCCUACAUGCGGAUGUUAACGAACUAGCGCCUCUAUUGAACCGGAUACAUGAACAGGCUUUGGCUGAAUCUAUCUCUCAUGGUAUUGGAUAUUACCAUGAGGCACUGAGCGCAAGCGACAAGCGGAUUGUCAGUCAUCUUUUCUCUAUCGGUGCGAUUCAGGUGAUGCUUGCUUCCAGAGACGUCUGCUGGGAGAUCAACCUGACUGCCCAUCUUGUUAUCGUCAUGGGUACCCAGUUCUUCGAGGGCCGGGAACACCGUUACAUCGACUACCCUAUCAGCGAGAUUCUCCAAAUGUUCGGUAAGGCUUCCCGCCCAAUGGAAGACAAGAUUGGUCGUGGUGUCCUUAUGGUCCCUGCCGUCAAACGGGACUACUACAAGAAAUUCCUUAAUGAAGCGUUGCCCAUCGAGAGUCAUCUUCAGAGCUAUCUGCAUGAUGCGUUCGUUACCGAGAUCAGCACCAAGACUAUUGCGUCUACCCAAGAUGCAGUCGACUGGAUGACAUACACUUAUUUCUACCGACGUCUUCUCGCGAACCCAAGUUUCUACGGUCUCACGGAUGUCAGCCACGAAGGCUUGAGCACGUUCCUGUCCGAGAUGGUUGAGAAUACGCUCAAGGAGUUGUCCGAUGCCAAGAUAAUUGAUCUGGAUGAGGAAGACGACAGCAUCUCUCCGCUGAACGCCGCGAUGAUUGCGGCUUACUACAACAUCUCCUUCAUCACUAUGCAGACGUUCCUGUUGUCUCUCACUGCUCGUACCAAGCUGAAGGGUAUUCUGGAGAUCGUCACGUCAGCGACGGAGUUCGAGUCUAUCCAGAUCCGACGCCAUGAAGACCACGUCUUGCGUCGUGUAUAUGACCGCGUCCCGGUGAAGAUGGCACAGCCAGCGUACGACUCGCCGCAUUUCAAGGCGUUCGUGCUGCUCCAGGCGCACUUUUCGCGCAUGCAGCUGCCGAUCGAUUUGGCUAAAGAUCAGGAGGUCAUUGUCAGCAAGGUUCUGAAUCUUCUUAGCGCAUGCGUUGAUGUGCUCUCUUCCGAGGGUCAUCUCAACGCCAUGAACGCCAUGGAGAUGUCGCAGAUGGUUGUCCAAGCUAUGUGGGACCGCGACAGUCCUCUCAAGCAGAUUCCUCACUUUACGCCCGAAGUUAUCAAGGUGGCAAAUGAAUACAACAUCAAAGACAUCUUUGAGUUUAUGGAAGCCAUGGAUCCCUCCGAGAACAAGGACUACGCGACUCUGGUCAAGCGUUUGGGACUUGACAACAAGCAGCUUGCGCAAGCCGCGGCUUUCACUAACGACAAGUACCCCAACCUUGACCUGGACUUCCAGGUGGAAGAUCCGGAGAACGUCACGGCUGGUGAGCCCGCUUAUCUCAAGAUUAAGAUCGAGCGUGAUGUGGAGGAGGACCAGGAGCCGGACACUACUGUCCACGCUCCAUUCUACCCUAACGAGAAGAUGGAGAACUGGUGGCUCGUCGUUGGAGAGGAGAAGACCAGGAAUCUGCUGGCCAUCAAACGCGUUACUAUCGGCCGCAAGCUGGAGAUGCGCCUGGAAUACGUGGUUCCCACUCCUGGUGAGCACGAGCUAACGCUGUAUCUGAUGAGUGACAGCUAUGUGGGCGUUGACCAAGACCCCACUUUCACUGUCACGGCGGCUGAGGGCAUGGAUGAGGACGAGAGCGAAGAGGAAGAGGAAGAGGAGUGA